GUGAGUAAAACUCACUUUCUAAAUAGUAGACUUUACUACUUUCCAAAACCAGGGUUUUACUAAGAUUUCGUUUAUAUAUAUAUUUUUUCACAGGUUAGCAAAGAUAUGAAUAUUAGAAGAGUUUGGAAUGUGAAUAGUGAGAUUAACAUGACGUUGUUAUGGCAAAUAAGAAGAAAAUUCUCAGUUACAAGUAAAUGUGCAGUUGAUUUGGGUUCAAAAGAUGGUGAACUGAGAGUCUUCAUUGUUGCUGGAGAAGUUUCUGGUGAUACAAUUGGUUCCCGUGUUAUGAAUUCUAUAAUAAAGCUUUCUCCUUUGCCUGUCCGUUUUGCUGGUGUUGGAGGGAAGAUGAUGUCUACGCAAGGGUUGAAUUCUUUGUUUCCAAUGGAGGAUAUUGCAGUAAUGGGCAUUUGGGAGUUGGUGCCAUAUCUUAAUCAAUUUAGGGUUAGGCUCAAACAAACUAUAGAAGCUGCUCUUUCGUUUAAGCCUCAUGUCGUACUCACUGUAGACUCUAAAGGAUUCUCCUUCCGUUUCUUAAAGCAUUUGAGGGCUACUUGUGUUCAACAGGGGAUGUUUAGCCCUCUGCACUUCCAUUAUGUAUCACCAUCAUUUUGGGCCUGGAAAGGUGGUGAAGCAAGACUAAAAGGACUUCUUCAGUUUGUGGAUCAUGUAUUAUGCAUUCUUCCAUUUGAGGCAGAAGUCUGUAGAUCAAAUGGCCUAGCAGCAACCUUUGUUGGUCAUCCCACCCUUGAAGAUGUUUCGGAAUUCCAGGGGAAGGAUGCCACAGAAAGAAGACACAGAAUUCAAGGAAAUGCUGAAGCAUUUCUAACUGAUUAUGGAAUAUCAUCAGGAUCCCCGGUUAUUUCCUUGCUUCCUGGAAGUAGAUUACAGGAGGUUACUCGAAUGUUCCCCAUAUUCUCAAACACUUUGGAGCAAUUAAAAGGUUCUUUUCCGAAUUUGGUAGCAGCAGUUCACGUGGCACCUAAUCAACAUGUGGAAGACUACAUCAGCAAAGCUGUUAGUAAGUGGUCAUCAUCUGUUGUAUUGGUUUCUGGAGGAUCACACCAGAUGAAAUACAAUUCAUUAAGUGCUAGCAUUGUAGCACUAUGUACUUCUGGUACGGUUGCGAUGGAGAUGCAGCUUGCACGACUACCAUGUGUUGUUGCAUAUCGAGCCCAUCUCCUGACAGAAUGGGUUAUACGUUACAAAGCUAUUAUACCAUACAUCUCUCUUCCUAAUAUUCUAUUGGAUUCAGCUGUAAUCCCUGAAGCUCUAUUUCGGGAUUGCACACCUUCUAAACUGUCAUCAUUGCUCAAGGAUUUAAUACUUGAUGACAACCUUCGAGAAAAACAAAUUAUUGCUGCUGAAAAGGUUAUUAAGCUGCUAAGGCCUCCGCAGACGAGCUUUGGUUGCUCAACCCAGGGGAAGAUGAGUGUUCCGGUUUCUGAUUGUACACCAAGUAUGGUAGCAGCAUAUGCAAUACUGUAUUAUCAGAAGAAGCUGGAAUAACAUGUUUGGUGCUAAUUCAAGCGGUUGUCAUGAGCAAAAUGGAAAUGAGAUGCAGGCAGAGAGUUUUGAAGAUAAUCUGUUGGGAGGUUAGCAACUGGAAGGCAGUUGAAUCAUAUCGGUUGUGGGUUCUUUUUCAAAUUAUGUUAAUUUUGUCAGUUGAUUUCCUUCCUCAGUUUUCAGUUGCAUAUAGCUUCAAUCUCUAACAAGCUCAAGUUGUAUCUGAGAGCUGUGUGAAAUAGUUAAUGAAAGUUAUCCCGUCUUAGUCGAUCUUCCUUCUUCCUCUUCUCUUCUCUCUCAAUUUUCGAUAGCACUACUUCAGUGGUUAUUCAGAUUAAGGACUGUAACUGCUGUGUGCAUUGGAUUUAUGAUGUGAGAAAUCGGAGGAGAUUAGAAAUAUUUCUAAGAGA